AUGCCGAAAAACGGCUUUCUGACGCCCAAGGCCAUUGGGAACCGUAUCAAGAGCAAGGGGCUGCAAAAGCUGCGAUGGUAUUGCCAGGUGUGUCAGAAGCAAUGUCGCGAUGCCAACGGCUUCAAGUGUCACGUCAUGUCCGAGCCACACCAGCGGCAAAUGCUGUUGGUGGGGCAAAAUACGGGCAAGGUGAUUGACGAGUUUAGCCAGGAGUUUCGCGACGGCUUUUUGACCCUUCUCCGGCGCAGCUACAAUACCCGCCGCGUCAUGGCCAACUCGGUCUACAACGCUUACAUUGGCGACAAGGAGCACAUUCACAUGAACGCUUCGAAAUGGCAGUCCUUGACCGAGUUUGUCAAGUACCUGGGACGUGAGGGAUACUGCCUGGUGGACGAAACACCAAAGGGUUGGUACAUUCAAUGGAUUGACCGAGACCCAGAGACGCUGGAGCGGCAAGCGCGCCUCCGUCGCAUGGAAGCCUCGCGCAAAGACGAGGCUGACCGUCAAGCAGAAAUGCUCGAGGCCCAGAUGGAGCGAGACCGCCAGGCCGUGGAGGCCAGCGGCGUGUCCAUCGAAGAAACGGAGAAGACCGCCUUGCUGCGUGAGUCGGAGGAUGAUAAGGUCGUGGUCAGCCUGAAACGGGGUCCCACCCUGUUGGACGCGACCACCACGGCAACAGCGGAAGGCCCCUUGCCCGGCGCUGCGCUGGACGAGCUAGCGGGUGCCGAGGAGGAUGCGCAUGCUUUGUUGGGCAUUAAGAAGAAAGCCAAACGCACGAGUCCAGAUGCCCGCGGUAAGGCCCGGCCCGGCAAGCCGCUAUCGGCUCUGGAGCAGAUUCGCCUGGACAAUGAGCGCGCCAAGCGUGCCAAGUUGGAGCGCGAGCAAGAGCGGCUUGCGCGAGAGCAGCAGGCGCGGCCCGACCGCGUUGAGAAUUGGCUUUACCCAGGCCUCGUGGUCAAGGUGAUCAACAAGAAGGUGUUGGAUGGACGCUACUACAAGUGCAAGGGCGUUGUGUUGAGCCUGGUUGAUGACUUUGUAGCCAAAGUCAAGCUGUUGGACAGCAAAGCCACCCUCAAGUUGGACCAGGAUUUUCUUGAGACAGUGAUCCCCAAGCCAGGUGGCGUGGUCCUGGUGGUCAACGGUCCUCUUCGCGGCGCCGAAGCGGUGGUUGAAGAGAUCUUGGAAAAAGACUUUAGCUGCCGAGUCCAGCUGACCAGUGGCCCCACUAAGGGCGACACCGUUCGGCUGCCCUACGAAGACAUUUGCCGCCUCGAUGCCUAA